CAGUGUUAACCCGACACUUGGUGCGGUGGGUUCUAUUACCAUCGCACACCAAUUAAAAAAUAUAUUUUAUAUAUAUUUAUACUUUAAAAGAGUGGAAGAAUAUUCGUGAGUAAAUUUAUUUUGGAUGUGUAGAAGCUGCAGACAUAGUUUGAAAAACUAAUUUCCUUAAACUUUGGAAUAAAAGAUGGCGACAUCAGUCCUGCAGCCUGAAGAAUGCCGACGGGAUCACGCCCCAAAACCGGACAUCGAUCCAAGGAUAACUGAAGACGAAAGACUGGCAAUACUGGAGGCGAAGGAGAGGAAUACAGGAGACCUUCCCCCCGAGCUGAGAGAAGCUGCCAGAAUCGACAUUCGAGAGGAAACAGCUUUAAAAGAACACGCACUCACACAAAUGAGACACUUCAUUGAGAAACAUCCCGCUAUUAAGAAAUGCAGAACCGACGCACCAUUUCUACUUCGUUUCCUGCGUACCAAGAAAUAUUCUAUACCACAAGCCUGCUCAAUGCUGGAACGAUAUCUCACUAUAAGACAAAUGUACCCGCAGUGGUUCCAAAAGUUGGAUCCCCUAGAUCCAAAAAUAGCCGCGGUAAUCGAAGCCGGGUACCUGCUACCCCUACCGAAAAGAGAUGCUGAGGGACGUAGAGUUGUGUUGUCUUGCAUGGGUCGUUUCGAUCCUUAUAAGUUUGACAACUGCGUAAUGGCGCGUGUACACUCUAUGAUCGUGGAGCUGUUAUUGGACGAGCCGCGAUCACAACUACUAGGUUACACACACGUCAACGACGAAGCUGGCAUGCAGAUGCCGCACGUUAGUCUAUGGUCGUUGAACGAUGUCCGAAUCAUGCUUAACUGUAUACAGAACUCAACCCCAAUGCGACACAAACGCACUCAUUUUGUAAACAUUCCUCAUUACGGUGUUAAGAUCUUUGAAUUCGCCGUCUCAUUGCUUAGCGACAAACUCAAAGAUCGUGUGAUGUUCCAUCGCUCAGCUGAAGAAUUGUCUAAAUUCGUCGACCCUGCUAUAUUACCGAAAGAAUAUGGCGGAACAGUUCCAUUAAAAGACAUGAUCGACGAACUCAAGCGAAAACUUUUGAAACACAGAGAAGAGUUACUCGCCUUGGACGACAUGUGCAUCGAUCUGUAUGCGCUCGAGAAAAAUGAUUUAACUCAAGAUUUACACUCAACUGCUGGGUCGUUUAGGAAGCUAGAGCUAGAUUAAGUACGAUUUAUUAUUUAAUAAGGUUUAAGUAACCACUACUGCCGUGACAUGAGAUUGUUACAAUUAUACGUUAAGAAACAAUUGUUGAAAAAUAGGUAUUUAAUUUAAAACUACAUGGUGCUUUUUAUAAGGACAUUGGUUUAUAUGAAUGUAUAAAUUCUAAAGGGCCUUAUUCAUUUCAUUUUUCGAACGUUUUGUACACAUUACUUAAAGACAAACAACAUUCGUUCAGAAAUAUCCCAAAAAAAUUACGAAUUACUUUUAUUGAAAAUAGAGAAGUAGUGGCAGCCGUCGGUGGAGUCGCGUUACCGUUUGUAAAGGAAGAGGAAUCGUUUUAACAACGUGUUCCUUAUUUUGAUAAGCAUUAUUUUAUGUAUAAAAUGACAGCUAUGAAAACCAUAGUAAAAAUGAAUGCUGUAAAUGGAUCAUGGAAAUAAAAGGUUUUAUUAUAAGUGUUAUAUAACAUGACAAACUGACAGCUGCUUGUAAUGUUACUAAAGUUUUCUGCCUUCUACUAAUCUUUUAAGCAGUUGUAAUUUUAAUAGUUGCUAUAAGUCUAGUUUUUAAUAUGUUUUAGUAUAUAAGAUUGCUUUUCUUCUAAAAAUUUUUAAUAAAAGUGGGAAAAAUUUA